AUGUCAGACAAAAUACCCGAAACGAUGAAAGCCGCGGUCGUAAAGGACUUCAAAAAAGGCUAUGAAGUCCGUGACGUCGCAGUCCCUAGUGACCUAGGACCAAAUGAUAUUCUCGUGAAGAUCGGUGCCGCAGGCUACUGCCACACCGAUCUGCAAGUCAUGGAAGGUGUCUACGAGUCAAGCGGUGCCAAGCCAGGACUUAUCGGCUCCCAUGAACCCGCUGGAGCAGUGGUAAAAGUCGGAUCAGAUGCAGGCAAAUUUAACAUCCACGUCGGCGACCGAGUUGGGUCCAUCAACACGUACGGGUUCUGCGGCACCUGCAACGCCUGCAAGAAGCAAGGUCAACAGCUCUGCGAGAAGCUCGUUGGCAUGCUCGGCCUCACGAUCAACGGUGGCUUUUCAGAAUACAUGAAAGCCGACGCCCGUGUUGUUUCCAAGAUCCCUGAGUCCAUCUCCUUUGACGAAGCUGCACCUCUUUUCUGCGCGGGCGCCACUGUUUAUGGAGCACUUUUGGCUUCGGGCGUUAAGAAAGACGAUUGGCUCGCGAUGAUUGGUAUUGGUGGACUGGGACACCUGGGUGUCCAAUAUGCCAAAACGAUGGGUGCAAAGGUCAUCGCAAUUGAUAACCGUAAAGAGGGAAUCGAGACAGCUCUCAAUGUACCAUCGCACCUCAAGCCAGAUAAGACGUUUGUUGUCGACUCCUCUGACGCCGAGCAAAACGUGAUCAAGGAGCUUCAGUCCUCGUUCUACGAUACCAACCCUGGAGUUGAUCGCGUCGUCAUCAACACCGAAGCACGGGGACUGAUCAAAUUCUCUCAGCAGUUCCUUCGUAAGGGAGGAACGUUGGUCGAUGUCGGUUUGCCGUCGGACCAGCUUUUGGAGGUUGAUCCGUUUGCGCUCAGCUUCAAGGAACAGACUAUCAAGGGACGGCUGAUCUGUACACCCGAGCAAAGUCAGAAUAUGAUUGAUCUGCAUGCGAAAAAUGGAUGCAAGACACAUAUUGAGAAGACGUAUUCUGUUGAUCAGAUCAAUGAAAUGUUUGAGCAUUAUCAGAGAAAGGAUUUACGGGGACGGUUAUGUAUGGUAUUUCAAUGA